GGUGUUUUCAAACAGUUGUGUGAAGCCUGCAGGACAGGUAACCUUAACACACUGUUUCAAGCAAUCUACCACAACCAGGAUAUCGCACAUGAGCUCAUUUGUGGGGAAGAGAGUGGGACAAACGAUUCAACUACUAGAAACUUUUUGUAUUUGGCUUGUGAAAAUGGACACCUGGAUGUUGUGCGUCAACUUGUGGAUUUUGGAGCAGAUGUCAAUCUUGCGUCUUACGAUGAUCUCACCCCUUUAUGUGCGGCUUGCAUGAAUGGACAUGCAGCCAUUGCCAGAUUUUUGAUAUCCAGGGGUGCACUUGUACAUGACCCAGCACUGGGUCGCUUUUCACCAAUUUUAUUGGCCUGUAGAUCCAGCAAACAUGAUGUUGUUGAACUUUUAUUGUCAGAACAACCACUUCUCUUGCGGACACACGGGCAAUUACUACUACAUGAGGCCUGUAGACUUGGACAUGUGCAGGUAGUAAGGUUAUUGAUUAAGAAAGGAAUAGACAUUAAUCCCCUUCCUUACAGGGUGACUACAACUGACGCUGAAGCUCAAGUACCAGGAAGUCCCCUUGAAGGUGCUUGUGUAGGACUUCAAACAUCUGUCAUUAACUACCUCAUUGAAAAUGGUGCUGAGGUGACAGAUGACAUUGUUGAGAAUCACUGGGAAAUCAUAGGAGAAGCGCUCAUGAGGUAUGGUAAUAAUAAACAAUUAUUAGAUUGGAGUUUUGUGAUAUCCUGUAGCCUGGCAUUGACUGAUAACCUGUGAUAACACUUGACAAGACCUUGAUUACAUAUGUAUUUUGCAUAUUACAAAACCCAGAUGUAAUAAUAAAAUUGUUAUUGAUUUUGUUAUAAUAUAAUUAUACAUUGUUUAAAAAAAUAAUUGUGAUAAACACUCGUCACACAGGACACAGUUUGACAUUGCUCUUGGAAUCUUGCAUUGCAUGUACAACCUACAUACAUUGUAUAUCUGCAAGCAGAUAACUAACUAAUUUGAUUUGUAGCCUGUACUUAUUUCCAAAAUUAACUGUGGGCUCUUUGCCAAUGAGAAGACAGAUAGUGAGUUUAUUGUAAAAUAAUACAAGUAAUUUUCAUGAACAGUGAUCCAUUCUCAAGCUAGCAUGUUUUUUCGUAUUUGCACUACAGCUAAAAUUAGGCGAUACUACCUUAUCCGCCAGGACACUGCCCAGACUACUGUUUGUGCCUAUGUAACCUAUACUGAGAUAUAAGAACUUUGGCUGCAUAGUAAGAUCCUCAUACAGCCAGUUGCUUGAUGAGACCGUGGCCAAUCUGAAAAUGUAUGGCAAUAGGGUAUACUCUGUAGGAGGACCGAAAUAUGGAACAAACUACCACUGAAAAUUAGGCAAUCAUUAUAAACCGUAUUUAAUACUUAGCUCAAUGCAUAUCUUUUUAAGGAUGCUUUUGAUUUGUACUCUUUUUUUCCUCAUUUUUAUCCUUUGUGUGAACAUUACUGGUACUUGAUUUCUUGUUUAUGGAUGUUAGUUUUUUUUUUACCUAAUAAAGAGUUAUAUAAAACAUUACUGGUACGUAGCAAGGUAGACAGUUGAUUUUCUUGUUUAUUUUGGAUGUUGGAUUUUUUUUCACAAGCCAGCUCUUAAUAAAGCUCAUAGAUUAUAUACUGAAAGUCACUGUAACAUGGCAGCUUUUCAAUCUUUGUGUCAUUUAAAGAAAAACACCAUAAUUUUUGGGAUCAAAGAAGAAUACGGUGGAUCCUGCUCAUAAUGGACACUAGCAUGGUUUGAGUGUAAAAUUAGCUCUCACAAAGGUAAUGGAUUUAGGGUUGUCACUAAGAUUUCAAGUUGCCGGGAAUAAUUAAUACAAAAGUGUCCAGAAAAACAGCUAAGGAUUUCUUUUGGUUUAUAUUUUUCCAAGCCAGGGGCUCUUAAGGCAAGCUCAUAGAUCCUAUAUGUUUACUGAUUGAGUCUGCCAUAAUUAAUAAUCACAUAUGAUGUCAAUAUAGAGAGCUGCCAAUAGAUUGGGAAAUAGUACCUCAAACAUGUGUACCAAACUUUAUCAUAACAUUAUAGAGUUAAAUUUAGUUUAUGUUUUGAUUAUAACUAGAGCAAGGAACGUCAUUCCUUGUAAAUGUACCAGGGUGAUUUUUGUAUUAGGGUUUCACUGUUAGCUAGGAUUUUUUCACCAGGAGCACAUGACAAUCUUAAAACGAAGCAUUUUCCCGCAAGAGUCUCUAGAACAACUAGUUAAUUUUAGUCUCCUCUUAAAAAUGUUACAGUCAAACCUUGUUAACCCUUUAAGGCCCAAUAUCAACAUACCAAUUCUCCAAAUUGAUCUCUGUACAUUUCCUUAAAAAUGUAGUUGAGAGAAUUUGAUAAAAGAUCAAAGCUUUUCUUUUUAGUGAUCAUUUCAUUAAUUCUCAUAACCUUAUCUCUUGACAAGGUAUGUAUAUCAUUGGGAGAAAAUUGAUGUUUGUCACCAUUGGGGGCUUAAAGGGUUAAUGCCGACACUGAGGGGCCUUAGAAAUU